AUUUUUAUUAGGCUACACAAAUAAAACUUAUUAAAACAAUGAAAUGGACAGUUAACUUCUGUAUUAUUUCACUAAAUGUAAAUGACACUUCAAUAAAAAGAACAAAUAAAAGUAUUAACUUAAAUCUGGAUACCUAUAACAAGGUCUGGGAGGUGGGGACGAUUAUUACUUCAGGUAACCCCAAACUAAAAAGCAACAGGAAACCCUAAACUGGAACCAGAGAGCAUGAGCAGACAGCAGGGAGGGACAAAGCCUAAGAAAUCGCUAGAGGGCCGGCAGCCGCCUCUGAACAGAUGCCGGGACGUCAGCGCGCCAGUGUCCCACGAAAAUAAGCCCCCGCCUCCCUUUUCCGGCGCGCAUGCGUCGGUCCGUGUUUUACCGGAAAAGGCCGGUGGGAAACGGCGCCAUCGCGAGAAAGGAGCCGGUGGCCGGGCUUGUUCCUGUGCAGAUGGUGUGGUUGUAGGCAUCGCGCGUCCGGUUCAUUGCACGGUCGCAGGGAGGAGGACGCCGGGGGCUCGCCUAUCCUCCGCUGCCUCCGUCGCUGCCAUGAUUCCGGUGUCGCUGGUGGUGGUGGUGGUGGGCGGCUGGACUGCCGUCUACCUGACCGAUUUGGUGCUGAAGUCAUCUGUGUAUUUUAAGCAUUCUUAUGAAGACUGGCUGGAAAACAAUGGCUUGAGCAUCUCCCCUUUUCACAUAAGAUGGCAAACUGCUGUUUUCAAUCGUGCCUUUUAUAGUUGGGGACGGCGGAAAGCAAGGAUGCUUUACCAAUGGUUCAAUUUUGGAAUGGUGUUUGGUGUAAUUGCCAUGUUUAGCUCUUUUUUUCUCCUGGGGAAAACGUUGAUGCAGACUUUAGCACAAAUGAUGGCUGACUCCUCCACUUCUUAUUCUUCCUCCUCUUCUUCCUCUUCCUCCUCCUCCUCCUCUUCUUCCUCUUCAUCCUCUUCUUCCUCUUCAUCCUCUUCCUCCUCCUCCUCCCUUCACAACGAACAAGUGCUACAAGUUGUGGUUCCUGGUAUAAAUUUACCCGUCAAUCAACUGACGUAUUUCUUCGCUGCAGUCCUCAUUAGUGGUGUUGUACAUGAAAUUGGACACGGGAUAGCAGCCAUUAGGGAACAAGUUCGAUUUAAUGGCUUUGGGAUUUUUCUCUUCAUUAUUUAUCCUGGAGCAUUUGUUGAUCUGUUUACCACUCAUUUGCAACUUAUAUCACCAGUCCAGCAGCUAAGGAUAUUUUGUGCAGGUAUCUGGCAUAAUUUCGUCCUUGCACUCCUGGGUAUUUUGGCUCUUGUCCUCCUCCCUGUGAUCCUCUUGCCCUUUUACUACACUGGAGUGGGGGUACUUAUCACUGAAGUUGCUGAGGACUCGCCUGCAGUUGGACCCAGAGGUCUUUUUGUGGGAGACCUUGUUACCCAUCUACAGGAUUGUCCCGUUACUAAUGUACAAGAUUGGAAUGAAUGUCUAGAUACCAUCGCCUAUGAACCCCAGAUUGGUUACUGCAUAAGUGCAGCAACAUUGCAGCAGUUAAGCUUCCCUGUUAGAGCAUACAAACGGCUAGAUGGUUCAAUCGAAUGCUGUAACAACCAAAGCCUCACAGAUGUGUGCUUUUCCUACAGAAAUAAUUUUAAUAAGCGUUUGCAUACAUGUCUACCUGCGCGGAAAGCAGUUGAAGCCACCCAAGUUUGUAGAACCAAUAAAGACUGUAAAAGAGGCUCAAGUUCAAGUUUCUGCAUAAUCCCUUCUUUGGAAACUCACACCCGCUUAAUAAAAGUGAAACACCCACCUCAAAUCGAUAUGUUGUACGUGGGACAUCCUCUGCACCUGCACUACACAGUGAGCAUCACCAGUUUUAUCCCACGUUUUAACUUUCUAAGCAUAGAUCUGCCUGUGGUUGUGGAGACAUUUGUCAAGUACCUGAUUUCUCUCUCAGGAGCUCUGGCUAUUGUUAAUGCAGUGCCCUGCUUUGCUUUGGAUGGACAGUGGAUUUUAAACUCAUUCCUGGAUGCUACUCUUACCUCAGUGAUUGGAGACAAUGAUGUGAAAGAUCUGAUAGGAUUUUUCAUCUUGCUGGGUGGCAGUAUACUUUUGGCUGCCAACGUGACUCUGGGGCUCUGGAUGGUUACAGCACGGUAAUGUUGGCACUCAUCUGACAGAAUCUGUGAGUUACAAUAUACAAUACUGAAAACCAGUACUUGGUAUGAAAUAUAAAGUGUUCCCUUAAAUUACAUUUUAGCCAACAACUUUUAAGCUCCUCCUAUAGCCAGAGUAUCCAAAUGCUAGGAUGGGGAUAAACAGAAGAAACGCAAGGAAUAGUCCUUGACUACAUCCUAGUUUCAAAGACUGAACUUACAAUCUGCAGAUGCUUGUGGAACAAUUUCUCAACAAGCGCAGAUUCUUGUUAAACUGUUUUGUGUGACUUUGUAUUGUCUCAGUAGUUUAAAAGGAGAACAGAAUUUGGUAAAAUUAGUUGGGGGAAACUUCUUGAAAAACCAUCAUUAAUCCAUAUUUGAAGGAGACUAGACUUUGGCCAAGUGGAAGGGGGAGCAUUUUCUCGGCCUAUACCACUUGUCCUUUGUCUUGUUUGAAAAGUAUUUUAAAAUUUAAUGGCGUAUUGUUUUAUCUUCUGAUAACUGAGGUCUGAUUACAAUUAAUAAAGUUUUGUAAAAGAAUCUACUGACCCAAAAGGGAAAAUCUUUGUCAAAUGAUGCCAAAUAAUUGGACAAAGUAAGAAGUAGGGCCUAUAAUACCUUGAAACAGGUUUUGCCCCACAAGUUACCUCUUUGCUAAUGUAUCCCCAUUCCCUCACAGCAGCACUUGGCCUUGACAUUUAGAAUCAGCUGCAGGAAGUGUCUCCCACUUGCAGCACGAGCUGGAGCAGUUAGGGUUGAACCUCAGAACUAAGCUGGGUCUUUCGACAGAUCACAAGCCACACCACAGGACCUCUGCGGUCCUGAUUACCUGCAGAGCUUCACAGCUUGGAACCCUUCCAGGGUAGACCUUUUUUCUUACGCUGCUGGGGCUAUUUGAGUCCUAACUCCCAGGUUCCUGUCUUCGAGAAGCAACUGCCUUAAGCUCUGAGCUAUGCUCUGUCCUCACCAGCAGCUCCCACGUUUCUCUGUGUUGGGCAAUAAAAGAUCUAGUCCUGGCCUUCCAUCUUUCCCCCGAGCUACCUCACUGGGUCCACAGAACACUUGGUAGCACAGUGAGAAUGGCUUCACAUGAGUACCAACGUGGAUUUGCCAGAGCCUGGGAACCUACUCUUGUGCCGAAAAAGCCCCGCCUAGUUCAGAAGUGUAUGAGCAUGCUGUACUUUGAUGACAAAUAUGUCCUUUCCUCAUACACUCAGGAACACUAACAGACAUGUAUCUAACUUCUUCAGUAAGUGAGGUAUUCCAUGGGGUUCACCUUUUUCAGAUUAAUGAGUUGCUGUUCAGGUACUAAAAGUUUUUAAUCAUUUUUAACACACUCUUUAGAUUGUAUUACACAUUUGCCUGCCUUCUUAAACGAAUUAUAUAUUGAGUAUGAUUUUAACAUUUAAGUAAUGACUCCAGGUUAUCAGUUAUUAGCACUACUAAAACCAUACAAAUUAUUAGUCUAUCCUAGGAAAAACGCAUUUGUUCUGUUUGUUACGCAAUCAUUCAGGAUGAAAGUGUAUUAGCAGAGUAAUGUUCAGACCUGUUCAGGUAGAACUUGGGGAAUACCAUGAAAUACUUGCAUAAUUAAUUCAAAUACGUGAGCUAAGCGAUUUACUAAUGAAAAUAUAUAUGCGCAGGUCAGCUUUUUAAAAACUGAGGAAAAAUUUUAAUAGAAAAAAUCCUUCCCAUUAAUUUUGUUUUCUGGGUGAAAAAAAUCUCCAACCACAUUAUUUUCUUGUAGCUUUUAAACACCUUGGUCUGUUGCUCCAUAGGGUCAGGAUUUGGGAACCACUCUAUUAGGAUAUUGCGCAGAUCAGUCCUAUUUGUAUACAAUGGCCUCAUCCUGUAAGAAAGGAAAGAAAUGUUACGUGUUGUCUCUUCAGCUUGAUUGUGGGCACUUCUAGAGCAAGGACCAUGUCAUACUCCUCUUGCAUCCCUGACACAGUGCAUGAGACAUCAUAAAUACUUAAUAAAUAUGGUUGAAUGGGUGAUAAUUAGUGUUAUUUAUGGAUUAGGGAAGCAUGUAUCUAUUUAAGUAAGCUAUAAAAACUAUUGACUAUUUACUGUAAAUAUAUGUUAACAUAAAAAAUAACUCGGAAGGUCUGUGUGUCCCUGGAAGAUUAUCAUCUCUAUGAAAAUAAUCCAUUUUGAUUUCUGUAGAGCAAUUAGAAAAAUUGAAUUAUUUUGAGGCUUUGAAGAAAGUGUUCUUUUUGUGUUGUCAUUUUGUUCAGUGAAAUUUUAUUUUCAGUGUUCCUACUCUGCAUUGUUUACAUUUUUGAGGAUUUAAAAAAAUCACCUACGAUCUGUAAAGAAUGUAUAUAUUUCUUUCAGCAUCUCAGUUUGAAAAGACAUGCAGUUAAACUUGACCUUUUGGUAAUCACUCUUGUAGGUCAUUGUCUGUUCUAAUAGUAAAUUGUAAACUUGUACUUCAUGGAUAUGUAGCUCUCAGUCAUCAGUUUGUCCUAUGGUAUUUAUUGAAUGUCCAUAUACUAAUGGUGCACAGAGAUUUUCUUCUCUAAAUCUUUUGACUGUGUUGUAAUUCAUUCAUAGGAUUUAACUUGAAGAUACCAUAGUUGCUGGCAUUUGAUGUUUAGCAAUAAAAGAAUAAAUGUGUACCAGCAGUCUAUAUUUUAUCAUCA